CAUCCACCGAUUCAUCCACCGCAGGCAUUGGCACUGGCACCGCAGUCCACCAUGACCACUGCCGCUAACCACCUGGAUGCUAACCACUGGGAUGCUAACCACUGGCCUGCACCGCAGCCACGUCCACAACCAGGACCACGCCCACAACCACCCACGGCCACCGCCGACACCACCAACACCACGAUUACUACAACUAGCUACAACUACUAGCCAACAGCUAACCACCCAACCGCUGCUUCUUCUCAUCCUCCUCCUGCUGCUCACUACCAGGUACGAAAAACCUACAACCCUUGACGCCCUCGCCCUCGCCCUUCAAGUUCAGCACAAUCGCCUCCAUGCGGCACGCCAUCUACCACCCUACACGCUAUGCUGGCAUUGCUGGACCAUCUGCUGGCCACCCACCGCCCACUGCCCACCGCCCCUCGCUCAUUGGAACCCGGGCUCGCUCUUCCUAGACUUGUCCUUCCAUAUCAUGCUCCACCGACCACUGCCGGCCGCCCAUGGCGCGCCUCUGUCCACCAGCCCACGCUCCUACGAUCCCAGCAUGCCGCAAGUUGCGAGUCAGAGAUCCACGAGAGGCCCAACAAAGACCCACGGCGGCCGGAUACUGACUGCCAAUCACAGCCGGGGAGGGCUGGGUGCCUUUUCGCACAACACCACGCACCAGAACGCCUCACUGCACGGCUACUGUUGAACCUGCUCAUCAAUAAAAUACACAGUACCUCGCUACCCUUGCUCUUGCAGGGAUGCUGGUUGAACCAACGGACCUCCAGCUCCCUGCCACCGGCAUGAUGAUUGUCGAUUCCAGAGGCGGAUCGGCCAGUAGAUACACCUGAACAAUAAUGUUCCCAUCAAACUCUUACAAUCUCCAGCUACGAGGCUAGCGAACCCUUCGUAUCUUCUCUGCGGGCACUGUCUCACACCAACGAUAUUCACCAACGGAAAAAUGGAAUAAUAGAAGGAGCCAACAGUGUGAUAGUUCGGAACCUUCAACUCCGGCAUGGGUCCUAAUCGUGACAAUUCGGCCUUGGUCGGCGGACGGCGGGGGUUCUCUACUUAGGGCUGCAUGUUCUGCGUGACUUUCACCGUUACGGGAAAGGUUCAUCCGCUCAGUCUUGAGGGCCUCUAUUACGAUUCUUACUGCAGCGGUACAAUUGUACUGUUGUUGAAGGGGUGCUGUAAGCCGUGGACGCAACCGGGGAACAUACUGUGGCGUCGGCAGGGCACUUCCACCUUGCUGUCCUGUCCCCAAUCCCUGCCGUUUUCUCUUCGCUUUGGCGAAUUCAGCCUGCAAAUAAUGACUUUGGGGGUAUAGCGCAACGCGUCCAAAGCAGAGAGGAGAACGGACACAAGGACGUCAACCGCGCCGGAUGACAAUCGGACACACAGACCUCGAGUUUACCGACGCAAAUCCACUUCCCCCAGCCUUCGAAAAUCCCAGUCAGCAUCGGCCCACCAUUGGCAUGGCGGCCAUUGGGUUAGGUUCUACAGUAGGAGCAAAAGCCACAAAGAACAAGCCAACUGGGCCAGACAAACGAAGAACACCACAUCCAUCAAAACCCCCGUACCGCUCAGUACCGCUCUAUCAGUUAGGCCGCUCGGAGACUCAUUCACCCUCUAUCACGAUCAGCCUCCACAGGCCCCAAUCCUUCCACAGGCCGCGCUUCCUCCCUUCGCCCACCAUCCAACAAGCCUAGGAGACUAGGGAAGCCCUGAGCCCUGACAAAGGUCCACGGUGUUGAAAGGCCCUGUUUGCUCAGGCGUUCCUCCGGCUCACGAUUACCUUCCUUCGCAGUAUCCCUCGCAUUAUUAUUGCAACUCCAAUCUACCAAGGUGUGACAUGUUGUUCCGUGGUCAUGUCACCAGAAAGAGGUCCCUGGUAGCGCUUUCUCCUCUCAAGGUAACUCAGUCCGUGGGCUUUCAAAUCUUCAAGCUUCGGAUCGCAGUUCGGCCGGCCCUGGCCCAAAGGCUUGUGCCACACCGCCGGAAGAUUCCCAGCUUGCGCUUGGGCCAAUAUUGAUAUCGUUUAGUCAACGCGUGCCUACUCAGGACAGGAGCUCAUGAAGGCAGGGGAACAGUGUUGGGGUCGCAGUGAACAAGGGCAGUCCUUGCUGCUGGGCCGUGUUCCAAUCCUCCUGCUGUCAUACAUGGUACUGACUUCUUGCUGGUUGUUCGCUUGCAUUACAAGCCGUUCAUAGUGUUUCUGCCUCAGCGGCAACAAAAUAUGGGUAUUACACGCCGCUCGGUUAGAACAGCUACCGGGCCAUGACUUCCUGAAGAAAACCCAGUGUGCUUCAACCGAACGCGGUAGCAAGGCAUGGCGGUAAUCCAACCAAUAUUCCAGCACCCGGGACGAAUUACGUGCAUUGCAAAAUGCCCCUUAGACACCUUGACUGCAGGGAGAUAGAUCCACAAAACCUCGAAUUGGUGGUAUACAAUGCAGGAUUGUUUUAUCCCCUGUACCGAUCAGUCCUGGCCCUCCAGACUCUGUUACAGAUAUUCUCCGGCCGCACAGACAAUGUCAGGUUGAUUCAGAGGCACAGCUAUGGCCAUGGCAGCAUCAACUGUCAACUCGUGGCUGGCUAGGGCAAAAGGACAUGGCAUUGGGCAAAGUUUCAGAUCCAAGCCCAGGGCCGCCUAUUGUGCAUCAUGAGCAGCCAGCCGCCAGCCAUAAGGGCGAGCGUGCUAACAUUCGCAUGUGUGAUGUUUUCUCGCGCGUAAGGAACAAGACAACGAACAACAACAACAAGCUGUUUGGCGAUGCCCGUGGCCGUUGCAGCUGGCUCUCGAAACUCAACUGCUACUACGAAACAGCUUGCAGAACCCGUCCAACUGGGAACAAUACAGACAGGACGUAACAGUCGCCGAAGUUGUAUCGUUCCCAGCAUGAGGUCGUCCGACUACGCUGGAGGGAGUAUGGCCACGGAACUCGGGCGAUGACUGAGGACGAUGAGAGGGAGUAACGAAACGUACUUGUCCAGAUGUAAUCCCGCCGGUUGACAGUCACUACGCUCUGGAAGAAGGACCAACAGGCAACAUGAGUUCUCUGUCAGAGAUACGAGAAUGUGGAUCAAAUGUAGUUGUCCGCUCCCUACCUUAUGCACUAUGCUCGACAUCUUCCAACGAUCUCCACGGCGACGUGCCCACUAGCAUACCAGUAUGCAGAAUGCAGGGCAUUGCCGUGGCUGCAGUGCAUCCGCCUGGAUUAAGGUCGCAUUGCAUGUCGAAGCCAAAUGAUGCACAUGGAGACGCGAGAUCAAGGGGUUUGCUCAGGCCACAGUCCUACAACAUCACAGUACGAUACAUGACGAACGACCACGCUUGUACCGACACAUACCGUGCUGGAGUGGGCAGAGACGCCGAUGGAGGCCACGUCCCCACCCCGUCUCUGUCCUCCCGCGUCUAUUGCUCGUUGACGGCGGGAGCCAGUGCUCACCCGAUGACAGGCAGUCUUGCCCUGUACAUGGGCAGCGCGACAGUCUCGUGUAACAAAAUACUGGGACCGACCUCGGAAUCAGGCAGGUCGCCUAUAUUUUGGCAUGGGCUGCACUGGCUUGUCGUGGCUGAAGGUUGUCAUUCGGAGCGACGAAACGCCCCGACGUGGCCAGGUUGAAGGAAGAGAAGUGUUUUGAGAGCUUCCACAUUUCUUCGCCACGUUCUCGAGGAGAGUGAUUUUGGCCAGACCUGGAGCUCGUGGGGAGUUGUCCGGCUAUGCUCACUUCAACCAAUCGCCUGUUCUGAUCCUUUUUGAUCCAUCCUAGGCUACACGUUCUCUCCUUUUGUCCAAGGGCGAGAAUAGUAUGGAUUGCUGGAGAGGAGAAGUUCACCUCGUACAAAUCCUCCCUCCCUAGCCCUGCCGCCGCCUAUCCACCAGAGUGCUGUGUUGUCACCGCAUGAUUUGUGGAGGAGAUCCCGAUGACCCACACCCUGGUUGGACUCGCCCAGCCAAAGUUUGAAUUCUCCAAUCAUCCAGCACAAAAGACGGGAGGCGGCGUUACACGGAUCGCUAGAUCAGCGGGCUUGUCACCGUCUCUUCAACCUGGAACCCUCAAACCGUCGUCGUGUAGUUGGCCACCAUCAUCAUCAUGUUCAUCAUCAUCCAUUAUUCUUUACCGGUCUUUCAGGCGCCGGCUCGUUAUCUUUUUCCAUGGUGGCCGGUUCUGAGAAGUUGGCCCGCCUGUUCCAGUUUCCUGUCCUGCAUAGCCAUCUGAACGGAACGUUACGCAUGACAUCUCUUAACGAUUGUUGCCAAUAUGGUGUGGGUUUGGACGAACCUUCUGUGAGAUACAAUGUUUUGUGUUUUGUGGCUGGUCGAUCCGUUGGUAAAUCUGCGAUGUCCAGCCUUCCCGCCACCGGGGUCGACAGCGCAUCCUCCGAUCCCUGUUCUCUGCACGACCACGAUCUUGCAUUCAGUGAUCGUCGUCGCAGCACUUGCGCCGUGAAAUUAUUCUGGCUUUUCUCCUAGCCGACCUCUGUUCCUCGCUGCCUCUGCGGUGUCACCGAGCUGUUUCUCGCUUAAUUCGAAGGAUAACAAACGCCAGCCUCUAGCAUGUGCAAUGCUGGAUUGCAUUUUGACUCUUAACUCCGCGACGUUCGACAAGGAGCCACAGAGCACAAGGGAGAUUCUGGCGCCCUGUUUCGAACUUUAUCUUUGGUACAGUGACAUCGUGUCUAAUUGGGUAUUGUUUGAUUCGGGGGUGUCGGUGAGUCCUUCGGGAAGAACUUCCCCCUUCCUGUGCUGUGUAUGUCACUGUUGCAUACGAACCCCGGAAAAAGAUGGCAAAUCCGAAAAUUCUGGCAGGCCAACAAUAGGAUGAAGGCGCUGUUGAUCGUCUCCAGGAAAAGCCACCACGGCUCUCUUGCUGGCCGGCCGGGGUCAAUCAACUAGGUCGGUACGUUCACAAGGCACAGUGUGCUAUACUUCAAUAUCCGGACCGGACUUUCCUCCUGUCAAUCAUGUCUACUUUGGCGGUCUAGUCGCCCCCGUUUUGUGGCAAUGAUGUCCCCUGUCCAUGGCUGUUCGGCUGGAUCGUCGUCUCAUUCUUUGUCACUGAAACAGUCUCCCUUGAUCGACCUUUUGAUUCAUCUCCAAAGCAGUUCUCGAGUAUGGAUCAGCACUACAGCAGAUGUGUCUCGGUCAUCCAGAAAUGCAUGGACCUAUUCCUAAGCGAGAACGAUGUCGACCAGUCAUGAAAGGUAAAGCAUGCUGUGGCUCUUCGAAGAGAUAACACUUCAUUGCGUGAUGGAUGGUUCGCCUACCCUCGCCUCGAUGAAACACAGGCUGCAGUGGGAAGACUGUUGUUCUAUCUCUACUCGAGGAUUGCUUCCAGUUUUGGACGUUUUCAAAGCAACGUACAUUUGGAAUGCUCUCGCCUAUUCUCGCGGCCCGGGUAUCUACUGAUAUGGCGCUCGCCAAUUGUUAUGAGUGCAUCCAUUCAAGGCUGCCCAGCAGCCGAGAUAUAGUUCGUUACGCUGUUCCAGAAGACUGUUAUCUUGUGCAUGGACCGCUAGUCCUGGGCCACGGACGCACUCCUUUACAAUGAAUAACUUAAGGGGAUACGCAAGAACAGUGGCGCGACGGGAACAAGAGCCUGCAAUUUUAAAAACAUCGAUUAGUUGUUCAGUAUUAAACCGAAUUGACUGACAUCCAAACUCAUUCUCAAAACUCCCAUCUCAAGGCUUGCUUGCAGUCGGCAAUUUUCCAAGUUGGUAACCCCACAUUGCAAUGUCAUGUUCUUAUUGAGGAGAACCUCUCUAGGUGGCUGGAUAAGGUUGGUACAUGUAGUAGUCAAGCAAUUGAAUUCGAAUUCCACA